GUCGCGCUCUCUGUGCACUUCUCCUCCACGACUCGCUGCCUCGCCAUUGACCACCGACACCACCUCGCCACCGCUCCGCUGUCCAGCUUGCACUGUGCGACUUUCGGUUAUUCUUGUACUAUACGACGUUGCUGCGGCGAGUAGAAGCGGACUGCCUGCCCGCCUGCUCUCUCUAUCGCAUAUUUUGAGUCCUGAUACCUUACAUUCCACGCCGCCCCCAAACACCCGCGACGGAGAAGCAACGACCCAUUGACUACCGCACCUUCCCAGACCCUCUUCUUCUGUAACCCACUACCGCCCGCCUCGCAUUGUCUGAUCUCGUCCGGGCACCUACCCACCGGAAUUACGCGACGUCAGUCAUCAACCCCGCCCAUGUGAAGGAUGUCCGCCAGUGUGAUGGCCAGGCCGCUCGAGAGCCUGAGAAGCAGCACACCACCGCCGCAACUGCAAAUCAACACCACCCAGCGAGGGACACCUGCGCCCGUUCCCAACAAACAUAUUCCCUUCUGCUCCCCAGGACCAUGCCCGGCGUCGCGUGGCUUCGACACUCCACCGGCGUCACCUCCGUCGCCAUCGCAACUGAUAGACACCUCUUCGCUGACCUACCCGCCCAAUGGCUUCGAGAAGGUGUCCAAUGACCCGCCCAUCUAUUCCAUGACAGCCGAGAAGCUGUCCAAGUCGCUAGACUACUUGGCUUCGCAGCCAUUACCUUCGGCCAAACAGGUGUUCCCGUGGCUUCACGGCUUACAUGCCGAGAACCAGCUGCAGCUGGCCUUCUUCAUCGCGCGAAAGAAGUCGCAGCGGCGAACUCCUAAAUGCAUUCGUGGCAUCACUGUCGUGAAGGCUGGAGGAGACCUCACGCACAGUAGGAUCAAGGGCGCAAUUGCGCCGGAAGAGGUGCUCAAGCCGCUGGCCACAGGGCGACAGCACGAGGAGCCAGAGUUCCAAGAAGCCGAUCCAAAAGAGGGCUUCAAUGUGCGAAACUUCCAAAUCCAGACUUGCAAAAUGGCCACCGUCAGCGAUAUCAUCGUAUAUGGUGACGCGAAGACGCCGAGAGACCAUGUUGUGAAGCUUGCGAAGCGAAUGGCACGCGCGCAAACCGCUUGGCAGAAGAAGACCGAGGGUACCAAUACCACUGGCCGUCUGUUCAAUACUUUUAUCCUGCAUGAUACAUGGGAAGUUGUCGAGUGUGAUCAUCCAGACCUGGUGCAGCUCGACGGCGAAGGUUGCAUGACUGGCAAAGUCAUGGACUUCUUUCACUGGGAAAGGUUGGAAAUGUGCUCAAUGUCGGCGCCUAGCGAAAUAGCGCCAAAUGUCUGGCUCGGGCCUACGCCGGACCCCAACGUGUGUCUGGGCAAAGAGGGACUGCGUCUGAGUGAAGAGCAGCUGCACUUUGACCUGCUCGUUGAAUGCAGCGAUGUGGCCCAGAUUCCCGAAGCAAAGGCCUUUAAAUAUCUCGAAGAGGUGCUCGAGCAGCGGAGCAAGAAGCCAUCAUCCGCGGACAGUCUGCUUAAUCAGCUGGAGUUUCCCGGUUCUGGAGCGAUUCUGCCACCUACCUGGUCUCACGCCGAAGUUGACGGGCUUUUGGCAACAUGCCAGUGGAUCUACAAGCAGGCCAACUCUGGGCCAGAAGCCAAGAAGCGGAGGGAUAGUAAGCUCUCGCUGAUGCCAGAGCUGGAUUCAGACGGAGACAGCCCCAUGGAAGCAUCGAAGCGUCACAGGCAACCGGGCAGAAAGGUGCUUAUUCACUGUACCGAUGGCUACACAGAAUCCUCUCUGCUGGCGCUGGCAUACUACAUGUAUGCAAACUGCGCUCCUGUCCAUGAUGCGUGGUUGCAGUUGCACCGCGAAAAGGGCAGGAACUUCUUUGCUUACAGCUCGGACGUGCACCUACUGCGCAACAUACAGCCACGCAUCCUCCAGGCCUCGCCAGCCUACUCUGGCGAAAUUCGAGAGCUUUCACCGCCCCACCCUGAUUGGCUGGACAAGAUUGAUGGCUCGCUUCCUAGCCGAAUACUGCCGUACAUGUAUCUCGGAAACUUGGGCCAUGCUAAUAAUCCUCAACUGUUGCAGGAGCUGGGCAUUGGCCAGAUCCUCAGCGUUGGAGAGCCUGUCAGCUGGACACGCGAGGCCAUGGAGUCGUGGCCGCAAGAGAAUCUGAAGUAUAUCGACAAAGUCCAGGACAAUGGCGUCGAUCCGCUCACAGAAGAAUUUGAUCGUUGUUUGGAGUUCAUCGAGAACGGCCGAAAGAAAGGCACAGCGACGCUCGUGCAUUGUCGAGUUGGCGUUUCUCGAUCUGCGACGAUAUGCAUUGCUGAGGUGAUGAACGAGCUGGGCUUGUCAUUUCCUCGCGCAUACUGUUUUGUAAGAGCAAGACGACUGAACGUGAUCAUUCAACCGCAUUUACGAUUUGCGUACGAACUCUUGAAGUGGGAAGAGCUCCAGUGCAUCCAGCGCGGCAAGCCCAUACGCCGAGAACUCGAAUGGGCGACCAUUGCACGAGAAAUCGCGGCCAUGAACAAGCCAUACUCGCGGCAAGGAUAGGCUCCGAUGCGGCAGGUUGCAAUGAAUAGUGUGGUCGGGAAGAGCCGGACAUGGCCUGAAACCAUUGGACGAUGGCUCGAAGAGGGGGUUCAUAUUAUUUCUCUCUUUUCUCUUCUCGGCAUGAUUGAUGAAUUACGGCAUGACGUAUGGCUUCCGGAAUAGCGCUGGCUUCAGGACUGGGUCCGCCUUGUGGCAGGGCGAGGAUCGAUUUCUGAGUAACGGGUAGAGUGCUUGCAUUCUUGUCACCGAGGGUUCUGGCUGGGGAUAUCAUUCCUGCAACAUCUCGAGGAUGGGAUGUUGUUGGUAUGCCGACAGAAGCUGCUGAGCGAAAAGGGUGUGAGACCAGUGGAUUUGUGGGAGUUGUCUGAUUCUUUCGCUUCUUCGGAGUGUAUUGCUUCAUAUUUGAAUUGUAGGUGAAGACCACUCACUGCAUAUGGCGCGAGAUCGUCACACUGUCCAUCACGG